AUGAGACCACACUGCAACCUUGCGUCUCUUCUGGCUGUGGCGACGCCAGUAUUGAGCGCUCAAUUCCCGUACAGCGCGACGACACUCCUCACGGCAGGCAACGGCUCAAUCACGUAUGUAUUGGACCCGGGCUCUGGUUCUCAGGCGUCGCUAGGGGUAUUCAAUGCUUCUGGCAGUAUCGCCGCAAAUUCGCAAUCGAACACACUUUUCACGACGCUACCGUUCCUGUCGAGCUCCGAAUCAAAGCCAUAUAUUCCCCUUGUCGACGACCAGGGCAUCACAGUGCUGACGGGAGACUGCGAUACAAAUGGCGGUGCGCCGGAGCUGUGGCGUUUCGCAGCCUCGUCAGGUGGCAUCAAUGGGACAUGGACAAAGCUGAAGCUUUCUGUAAAUGGGUACAACCUCAAACCGAACUACCUGUCCGCAGGAGUCGCUUUUCCUGCUUCUGACGACGAUGUCGUCCCAACAUUAUACGCCUUUGGGGGCAUGUGUCCCUCCAGCGCUUCGUCGACUGCGAGCGACUGGAUCGCCGAUGCCAACUAUUCCUCGCAGAUGCUAGCACUCUCGCCCGCUACGUCGACUGAUCCGUUGUCACCAUACAGCAUGGCGGCCGCCGGUUUAAGGGCACCUCCUAUACCGGAAGCGGGCCUGACCAUGACACCGCUUGCAGCAGCAUUCUCAGGUUCCGGACCAGCAUCGCAACAACAAAAUUUUGUGCUCAUCGGUGGUCAUACCCAGAAUGCCUUCAUCAACAUGUCACAGCCGCAAGAAAACGACAACACUGAGCUAGUGCGAAGAGACAGCGUAACCGUCGAGCCAAGAUCCGGCCACACUGCGGUUUUGACUCAAGAUGGAACGCAGAUUGUCGUUGUUGGCGGUUGGGUAGGGGACACCAAUACUCCUGCUCAGCCACAGGUCGCCGUCUUGAAUGUGGGCGAGGAUUAUGGCGGCCGGGGCGACUUGCAAUGGUCGGUUCCCACAACGAAAAGCCCUUUCAGCGCCACUUCUGGGAUUUAUGGCCACGGAGCCACUCUCUUACAAGGUGGCGUAAUGAUGGUAGCUGGUGGAUUCGGCAUUGGCAGCGGCGCCUCGAAGGCCAAAAGACAAAGCAGCAGCAACUACCACUUCCUGAACACCACCUCUAUGGAAUGGAGCACGUCUUACACUUAUCCAAGCUCAGCGUCCGGCCCGAGCGUGGACAGCAAUAAUUCAGCUUCCAGUGGCCUGAACAAGUCGGAAAAGGUCGGCAUUGGUGCUGGUGUAGGAUUGAGCUUCGCGGCGAUUGCGAUCAUUGUGUCCGUAUGGUUCUGGUACAGUCGGAGAAUCCGCAGGGAGCGCUAUUUGAGGGAGAAGGAGUUGCGAGAGCUCGCACUUGGUGCUGAAAGGUCGUUCGAUCCUGGAAUGGAUGGAGGUGUCGACCAGAGAUUUCCCGAACGUCGCUCGGCAAGCUGGGCUGAUAUGCAAGAGAAGUCAAUGCAGGGCGUCAGUCGCUCCUUGCCCUGGAACAACAAUCAUGUCGACGAUAUCCGACAAGCAGAGAGAACAGGCGCUCAUAUGGACGUCCCAAGCCCGACGCGGGGUCUUCGCAAGAACUUACAAGCACGGCCUCAAUUCGGUCAACAAGGCGGCUAUCUGCCCGGAGGUCCUCCUGGCUCGGUCUUCAGGAUAGACGAAGAGGAGGAGAACAGCCAAAGUGGCUCCUUGCGCAAGGUCCGGACGCCGCAACAAGUCGUUGAUCGAAGCUCAGCAUAUAGUGACCCUUUCAAGGAUCCUCCUCGGACAGCCGAUUCUGCCGAUGACGCAGCUGAACAGAGAAAGAAGGAAGUCCAGAGUUGGGUCGAGGACUGGCAGUCCGCCGCCGAGUCCAUGCUAUCUCGCAACCCAAGUCAAGCCCAGACCGACAGGACAUACUCGAAUCUUUCGCAAGCCUAUGCUCCUUCUCACGCACGAUCGAAGAGCAACGGCAGCAACCUACCAUCUGGUCGAGGUUCACCCGAGAAGUCUGAUCGCACAGGCAGCAAUCUGUCUGAACAGAGUGUAUACUCGCAGAUGUCAUUCCAACGAUCUACUGCAGGAACAGUGUCGCGAAAAGAGUCGCAAAGGAGUGCAAGCGCAGGUCAGGCCAUAUUCUCUGGAGCAGCCGCAGCUGCACUGGGUCGUUUGAGAGGACAGCCACAGCCUGACAGCGCUGAUCCAGAGAUGCGAGAACGGACAGACACGUUCUCGUCGUCGCCAGAGCGAAGAUCUUUUGGCCCUAUUCAGCCUGGAGAAAGGCAUGCCCUACUCGGAAAGCUCGAUACUCAAUUCCCGCGUGGAUAUGGUGAUGAUGAAGAAACGUCUCCGACGAAAGCAACCCGAGAAGUGAAGUACACGCGAACGAGCAGCCUGACGAGUAGGACAGGCGCCAUGGCCAUGGGACUGUUGGGUAGUGUAAAGCGAGUUAUAACCGGCACUGGAAGCGUCAACGUACACGACCGUGUUGCGGCAUUUGAGAAUAAGAGCGGCCAAACGAGUCCGACGAAGACCGAUCGUGACGAAUCACCCAAGCGGCCGCUCAGUCCGAGUCAGGAAUUCUGGAAAGGCAAACAAGGACCACAAGAUUGGGGCGACGCAUCCGUAUCACAAUCAACGGGAACAGUCCGGCGAAAACCGUUGCCGAAUAAUGCCUUUCGACAUUCUAGUGGCGAUGCUGAGGAGUGGGACGUUGAAAGCGCUGUGCAGAAUCGGGUGGUCCAGGUCAUGUUCACCAUGCCGAAAGAGAAGCUGAGAGUUGUCAAUGCUGACGCGCUGAGCUUGUUGAGUAGCAAUCAGAGUGAUAUAGACCACGAGGAAGCGAAGGACCGCGAGAAAGAGGUUAAACGAAUGUCAAGCGUUCGAGAAGCUGACGAGCCUGACGCCCAUGACAAGGGAAAGGUCUUGGGUUGCGAUGUUGAUUGA